AUGCCCACACGACACCUGAGCCACUAUGUCAAACCCAAAAAGAGAAAAUUAUCCUUCUCAUCGUUUUCAUCGACAAUUAUGAUUACAAACAAAUUAACACCAACCAACAAUGAAAUUCAGUACGAUGUUUUGAACAUGAACGGACCGUUUUGUGAUGAUAUUAUUUUGGAAAUUGUUCAAUUUCUUGAUUCCGUGUUCAUCAUCAAAAUUUGUAUGAAAAUUUCAAAGCAAUGGAGAGAAGUAUCGGAACAAAUUCCUUUGACCUUGUCGUCAUUCGAUCAUACAAUCUCACGCCAUGUCAAUGGAUCAUCAACAUUUGUAAAAUGUAUUGCCACGAGUUCAACCCUUCAAAACUUGACAUCAUUGAAUUUGUUUGGGUUAGAGAUUGAUUCUACAGAGGUCGCAUGUAUUGUGAAUAGCGAAUAUUUGAAGCGAUUGACAUUACUGAAUUUAGGUUUUACCAGCAUUGGUGAAGAAGGGGUGAGAUUGAUAUCCAAUAGUGAAAAUUUGAAGAAAUUAACUUCACUGGAUUUGAGUGAAAAUGGAAUUGGGUUUAAAGAAGUUGAAUUUAUUGCGAAUAGUGAAACUUUGAAUAACUUAAAGGCGUUAAAUUUAAGUCAUAACCCAAUUGAAGACCAAGGUGCACAAUUCAUCGCCAAUAGCAAUAAUUUAAAGAAUUUGACUUUGCUUAACUUGCGGAGGACUAGUAUUGGUCAUGAAGGAAUCAAACUCAUCUCUUCUAGUGUAUAUAUGAAAAAUUUAACGUCUUUAGAUUUAGGUAUUAACAAUAUUGGCUCUGAUGGUGUCCAACUCAUCGCCAAUAGUAGCAAUUUAAAAAAUUUAACUUCCCUGAAUUUACAAAGAAGCAGUAUUGGCUCGAACGGUGUUAAAACUAUGGCAGACUGUGAAAAUUUAACGAAUUUGACUUUAUUGGAUUUGUUUGAUAACAAUAUUGGAUCUGAAGGGGCGAUAUUCAUUUCCACCAGCAAGAAUCUGAAGAAUUUAAUUUCUUUAGAGUUGAGUAACAACAAUAUUGGCUCUGAAGGCAUUAAAUCUAUCGCCGCAAGCGAAAAUCUGAAAAAUUUGACUUCAUUAGCAUUAGCUGACAAUAAUAUAGGUUAUGAAGAUGUCACAUCUAUUUCCACCAGUGAAUACUUGAAGAAUUUAACCUCAUUGGAUUUGAGCUAUAACAACAUUGGCCACAAAGGCGCUCACUCGAUCGCCAAUAACAAUUUUACACGUUUACAGUUACUGAAUUUACGUGAUAAUCAUAUUGGCUACACAGGUACCACAUUCAUUUCCAAUAGCGAACAUUUACAACAUCUCACAUCAUUGCAUUUAGGUUAUAACAAUAUUGGCUCUGAAGGAGUGAAAUCGAUUUUCAUGAGUAGAACUUUGAACAAUUUAACGUUAUUAGAUUUGGAACACAAUAAUAUUGAUGAUGAAGGAGUCCAUGCUAUCGCCAAUAAUAUUAUCAAUUUGAACAAGUUGAGGACAUUACAAUUGCGAGGAAAUAACAUGAGUCGUGAGGAUAGUAUGAGUUUCAUUUCCAAAAGUGAAAAUUGA